GCCCGCCCCGGCCCCUCUGGCCCGGCGCGGCCCUGCCCGGCGCAGCGGGGCGAGGCGCGGCGGCGAGAUGGUGGAGGCCUGGUACAUGGACGAGUCCGCGGAGGACCAGCGGGCGCCGCACCGCCUGCGGCCCAACUGCGCCGUCAGCCUGGAGCAGCUGCGGCGCCUCGGCGUCAUCUACCGCAAAUUGGAUGCUGAUAACUAUGAGACCGACCGGUGUCUGAAAGAGAUUCGGAGAGCAGAAAAUUAUUCUUGGAUGGACAUAAUAACUAUACAUAAAGACAAGCUUCCAAAUUAUGAGGAAAAGAUAAAAACAUUUUAUGAAGAACAUUUGCACCUAGACGAUGAAAUUCGCUACAUCUUAGAUGGAUCUGGCUAUUUCGAUGUUCGAGACAAGGAUGACAAAUGGAUCCGGAUUUCCAUGGAGAAAGGCGACAUGAUAACCCUCCCUGCUGGCAUAUAUCACCGAUUUACCCUGGAUGAGAACAAUUACGUGAAGGCAAUGAGGCUGUUUGUUGGAGAGCCCGUCUGGACAGCAUACAACAGGCCAGCUGAUGAUUUCCCUGCUCGGAAACAAUAUAUGAAGUUUUUGGCUGCAGAAGUGCAGUGAUGGUGUUUGAGACCCGAGGGGUGGAAUACCCUGAAGCCCUGACAGAGUAAUUGUGACUAGUGGCUUUUCACUGAUUAGACUUCUUCUGUUCACAUAUACAAUCAGAAUCACAGAAUCAAAAAAAUAUGCAAAAAAAUAUGUCAAAGUGUCUUUUGGAGGUAAUCUAGUGCAACCCCCUGUGAAGUACCAGAACAACCUUAAAGCUAGACCAAGCUGCUCAAGACCUUGAGGUCUGGAAAGCUUGGGUGGUGGAGGUUCCAUAGCCUGUUCCAACACUUAGCUGUUGUCAUGGGCAAGCAUUUCUUCUUCAUGGCCUGCACCCUGGCCCCAAAGUGCAAUUUUUGUCUCUUGCCCUUUUGUCGAGAAGAGUCUGUCUCUGUCCUAUCCAGUCUCUUCUCUGGUGGGAAACUGUAGUUAAGUGUCCUCUCAGCCUUCUCUUCUCCAGGCUACGCAAACCAGUGUCCUUUGCUGGGCUCUCUGUUAAUGUUCAACACAUAUUUGCCCUCAUUUCGACUGCCAAGGAGUGUCAUUUGUAACUACCUGACAGCCAGAUUUGAGCCACUGACUGUUUUGAGCCUGAUGAUCCAGAAGUAUUUUACCCACCAUGAGGUCCAUGUCCUCAGUCUGGCUGCACGGCCGCUGUGGGACACGCUGUUGGAAGCCCUGUUGGAGGCUCUGCUGUGGCCAAGGUGGGGGAUGUGUGCUCCUUCCCCUGCCCCACGAGCCAGCCGGUGUCUCAGGUGGCUCUCAGGGCAGUCUGUCAGGCAGAAUGUCCCUGUGGUAAAUUGGCUUGGGCUGGUUCCUGCCUUUCUCUGCUGUUUAAUGUGCCUGGAAUGGCCUCUGUAGUGUCUUUCUCUCAUUUUCCUGGGGACUAAAGUGAGGCUGAGCAGCCUGUAGGUCCCCAGGUCUUCUUUCUCACCUUUUUGAAAGCGGCCUUUUUGCAGUCAAAAAGCUUUUCCUGAUCUCUGACCUUUCAAAGAUGCCAGCAGCCUUGCAGUGACAUUAGCUCCUUGCAUUUACAGUUGCUCAGGAAUUCAUUUUCUAACCUUUUUUUUUUUUUCCCUUGAUAUUUCUGGCAGGUAGAAUUGGGAGAGGUGGGUUUACAUUAAUAUUCUUUCUGCUCUGAAUCCAUGCUAAUGAACUACGUAGGAUUCUGGUUUUAAUUAAAGAAAAUAAACCCUGCUUCAUUCUUGUCUAAAAAUGUUCAUGAAAUGAAUUUGCAUAAUCGGCAUUUUAGUAUGCAGCCUCCCAAGUGCUGCCCUGCUACAUGAAGCUGUCGUUUUCUCCCGGUAAAAUGUAGCAAUUUGCUCUUCUGUGUUAUUAAUAAAAUUACUUUGACUUGA